UCACCAAACGUCGCUUCGCUUUAAUCUUGGCCUAAAGUAACAGAAAGAGACAAAAUAUGGAUUAAGUUGAGCUUAUUAACGAUAAGAGAUGUUGAAAUCAGGCCUUACCCUCCCGAGUAGAAGUGACCUCAGCGACGCCAUGAUUCGCACGUACCUCCCGCUCGAUCUUUCCCCGCGCACCCGCGACGACACUUGGCGAUAUCGGCGCAAUUUCGCGCGGCCCGUGUGCUGCAAAUCGUUGUAUAAGUAAAGUAUAACGCGCGGAAAUAAGACGGGCAAUAAAACCGCGGCAACAAGCGCCGGAAUUUACAAACUAUACCGCUCUUUCCGCACCCCUGCUACUUUUACGCGCAAAAUGUAACGGUCGCACUAGAAUUACACGGUGGCGCCGUCGCUCGUCGUGGACGCCAACUACGUAGCCAAUGUCCGCGUUUGGACUAAGCGGAUAACGUCGAAAUGUCGAUAAAAACACGAUCUAUGUUCUCUGAUAAUGUCAAAUAAUUAUUAUUUUACUAUAUAAUUUGAUAACAUUUUAUUGAGGUCCGCGGUUCCACCAAACGUCGCUCAACUUUAAUCUUGGUUUCAUUCAUGCUUGUCUCUUAAUUUCUAAAGUAACAGUUGGAAAGAGACAGAGAACGAAUUAAGCUGAGCUCAAAGUUACACAACGUUGGUGAAUUAAAUCGGACCUAAGAAUAUAUUAAAUGUAGAGUUUCCAAGUCAAAGUAUAUUUUAUUAAGAGUAAUGACACUACAGGAUGUCGGUGAAUGUUUGGGACUUAUUUUUUGCGUAGAUUAUAGAGCGGACCAGACUGAGUCGUAAAGUCCUCUACCAUCUCGCAAUGUCUGCAAUAGUUAACGAGUUAUUAAUUAUAGAAAACUAUCGUAUACUGGAAAGGAGGCCGGGCUAAGAUUAUUUUAUAAUUAAUAACUCGUUGGUCGAUCAAUAUUAUUGUAUAGUAACUGUUUUUAUUGACAUUUCGAGCACGUAGCACGGAACACAACCAAAAACGUGCAAAACUGCGUUAUCCGCUUAGCCCGAACGUGGAAUUGAUUACGUAGUUCAUGUCCGCGUUUUCAAUGCCCACAGAGGGCGUACACGCGUACGAGAAUCACGUAAAACGUGACCGUAGGUGCGUGACGAAUUUUGAUUCUGGUAAACACGAUAUGACCCGAUGAUUGUAUACGACGGAGAUUGUCAUCCAAGUUUUGCGAGGUAAUAUUGAAAGAGAAGUCUCUUCUUCACCGUUUGUGAGGAUUUUCUGUCAAGUGUUCCAUUUCAAGACUCGCGAGUUAUGGCUGGUACCAUGAGACAGUUGGAGGAGCGUCAGCUCCCCGCAGAGGUGACGACGAUGCUGUGGUCACCGAAAAUGGAUCUUUUAGCAGUUAGCAAUGUCAAAGGCGAAGUUGUCCUGCACAGGCUGACGUGGCAGAGAGUAUGGUUGUUGAGCCCUCAAGACGAGUCCGACACCACUGCCCAUCUGGCGUGGAGACCAGAUGGAAAGCUGCUUGCGGUGUGCUACGAGACCUCCAAGCUAUUGUGCCUGGUUGAUGUCGAGACUAAAAAUGUCAUUCAUAAAACCAAAUUGCCUGCAAACGAAUUGACCGUUUGCGUCAAGUGGUUGUCACUGUCCAGUGCAGAACACGAAAGUUCACUGGCAAACGACAAGACCAAUAAACCUACGGGCGAAUAUCUGCCAUCUCUGCCUAGCUUAAUCAGAAGUUACAGCGCGGAGCCUGAGCGAAAGGAAUUUUUAUCUCAUAUCCUAGACAUGCUCUUUAUCGGUCUAAGAGAUGGCACGGUGUUAAUGUACAUUUUCGGCAUGUUUUAUUGUGGCGCUAUAACUGUAGGCCACGGGCCAAUCUUGCAGAUCACGGGUGGAUCUAACAGCCCAAUAUGGAUUACAUGGAAAGAUGAUAAUUGCGUUAAGACAACUAGAGUAUUUUGUCCAUUAUUUGACAGAAGCACAGCGUUUCUCAAGGUCGCGCAAACUCAAGCCAAUAUAGAAUGCUUGAAAGAUUAUCUCUCGCGUACCUUAAUGGCCACUUGCGAAGCCUGGGAAACGAUACUCUUGGAAAUGGAUGAAAAACUCACGCGGUAUGCAGAGGCAAAUCCACCUGGUAUUAUGUCAGCGGACUUUUUAGAACUGCUGAUGAUCGGAGUACCCACGAAAAAUUUGGAAACUUUUCUACUUCGAGAUCUCACAGAGAAAGGAUUAAAAAAAUUCGGACAGAGUAUUGAAAUGUGUUACAGUAAUAUACAGAAACUAGUCUCGAAAAAUUUAACUAGCGUCGGUAUGGCCUUAGUUUAUCAAUUAGCUGAAUUAAGAGGUAUGGUGAGAGUAGGUGGCACAUAUGAGGCGUUGGGAUUACGCGAUGAAACACUCAUAACUAAUGCCAUUAACGAGUCUGAGGCUUUCCUGGCGAAAUCGUACGAGAUCGAGCAAGUUAUAGAUCAGAGUAUGCGCAAUUACAAAGCAUUUUUCCGGUGGUUAUACGUAGCCAUUCUCCAACUAAUGGAUGAAAGAGCACCAUCGGAGGUGUGCCGUGUAAGUCAGCAGGAAUUAACGUUUAUCGCUGAAUUUCUGAGUGAUUUUGACAAGCCGAGAAUAAACGGCAGGGUAAAUUUAGAAAAAUUGGGUCAAUAUUUGCGUCGUGAAAACCUGCAGGCUCCUCUAACUUCCGAAGGAAGCGAAUGGGCUGCUAUGCUCGACACGAACGAUUGCUUGCGCAAUUAUGCCCAUAUAGUGAAGCAGGAUUUUAAUUUAUCUUUGCUACAGUCUCAUGUAAAAUUAGUCGCUGCUUUAGAAAAUGUUUUCGGCGGAGCUUAUCAGAGCUUAGUUGAUCACUUCGUAAUGAUCUCCAUCUCUUUACCAUCAUUCACAUCUCUCAUGUCCUCGCAAAUUGUAAUAAAGGAUGGGAAUCUUUUAUUAGCUAUGAGCGAUACUGACAGCAAAUUUUUAAGACUUUUUAACAUAAAGUACUCGUACUCGUACUCGGCCGCAGAAACUGUACCUCUUAGUUCAAAGGUGAUUACGAUAGACGUGAGUCACAAGCAAGGAGAAUAUCCAAAAGAAAAUAUCGAUACUGUGAUAGUAGAUCUCCAAUUUUACUCUCAAGAUUAUCUCAGCUUGCUUAUGCUAAAUAAACAAACUCAGGCAUCGUUUCUCGUACAAAUGCCAUUACAUGGCAUAUCGUUGCUCGAGUAUGGAGACAAUGAUGCGAUAGUACCAAUAACCGAUUUUAUCGGUGGAACAUUGCCGAAACCGUUUCAAGGAAUAUCUGCGAGACGACUAGCAGUCAGUGGCCCUCGGAAAGUAGCUGCUAUUUUGAGUGAAAAUAAUAGAAAGAUUCGUUUACUCGAGACUGAAGCGGAACCCGAGGAUGAAGAAGACGAGGAGGAGGAGGAAGGGCGUUUUGUGGAAAAUAUGAUGGAUACCACACCUAGUGUAAAUUUUCCUGCGGAGACAACAAAAACUGACGUACAAGAGUUUUAUAAGGAAGAAAGCAGCUGAGGUAGAAGCAGAGUACAUUGAAGGGAAAUCGAUGUCAAGAACAGCAUUAUCCAGCCCAACGUUCUCAAUGCCUGAAGAAACACCAGGGGUAUUAUCUGGCGUGUAUC